AUGAGCGGCUGUCCCCCCAGUAGCCCUUUCAGGGGUAGUGGCGCCUCUAGGGGCCCUCCCAAUGGCGGUAGCGCACCAGGGGCCCUCCCAGGAGGCAUCGGCGUUCCCUGGGGACCUCCCAGGGGCAAUGGCGCGCCCAGGAGCGGCAGAAGCCCAGGGGACCUGCCGGGGGCUGUGGUGCCCCCAAUGGCCCCUACAGAGGCGGCAGCGCCACGAACGGCCCCUCCAGGCUUAGCAACAGCCCCAGGGGACCUCCCAGAGGUGGUGGCGUACCCAGGGGCGAAGGCACCCACAGGGGCCCUCCAAGCGGCAGUGGCACACCCAGGGGCCCAUUAA